CCGCCAACCGCCUGCCGCCGACCAGCUUCCCGGCCGACCCCAGCGCCCCUGCCGAGGCCGACCCCUCCUCGCCGAGCCCAAAACACCGCCGCGGCCGACCUCCUCCGCGCCGAGGCCGACCCCACCGCCCGAGGCCGCCCCCAUCUUCGUCACCCCUUCUUUGCUUGAGUCGGGUAUGGCUCCCCGCCGCGCUGCCCUCGCGUCCCUCAUGGAGAGUUUGAGGAACCGCGAUGGCGAGGACCCGAAGCGCCGCAAGACUGGCGAGUCCAGCCAUGCUGCUUCAGAUGCCCGGGGUCCCCCGCGUGUGUCACGCCGCCGGGAGGUCAGGUCUACCUCUGACGUAGACCACGCGUCCGACGGUCCCCCUGCUGACUCCACCCUUCGGGUCUCGAUGCCUGCGGCGCCUCCCCGGGAUGGCGCGACUGACUGGACUAUCCACUUCCCAGCUUCAGCUUCACUACUUGACGGGGAUGUCCCCCCGGAGGCCCUCCUGCGUUGCCUCGUUCAGCCGCGCGAUAUGGCACGGCAUGAGGAUCACGCCGUCUUCCGCCCUUUGCUUGAGACUGUUGUUCAUACCAUGACUUUGGAGAGAGCUAUGGGGAAUGUUCGCGAGCAGUUGGCGACCGAGAUGCGGGCUCGCCAGGUCGUGAGUGACAGACUCGCUGCGCUAGAGGAUCAGCACACCGCGUUGAUCGACAGCCGGCUGCGGGAGCGCAAUGCGCAUCAGUUAGCCCUGAAGGAAGCUGCGAGGGUGGCCGUUUCCGCCUACAAGGACUCCCAGGCCUUCAUCCAGGAUAUCCAGGCCUACAUCUCUGCGCACCCCCAGGAGACCCUGACUCAUCUUACGAGUUUCCCGGCGGGGAAUGAGUGUGUUGGUCGGCACGGGAUGGAGUUGUACGAGGCGGGCGAGUCCACCAUGCAGGGGAAGAUCUAUGCAGCCCUUCGUGCCAGGGAUCCGUCCUUUGACCCCGCUGCUUGGGGCCUGCCUGAGGAGUUCGAGGAGGAGCCGGAUGAGCUAGGUGAUCCGAUGGACACGGCUGUGGGUGCGGAUGGCGAGCGCCCACCAUUGGACUCGGUGGCUGACCGUACGUCGAGCGCGGACUUUGGCGCCGAGCUUCUUCGCUUUGCCGGCGUGGACGCCGCCGAGGAGGAGACCCAGGCUGCCUUGGGUGAUGAUGACGGUACUCGCGAGGCCACGCAGCCCUGACGACCUUUCAUGUUGGCGGCAUCCCCUUUCUAUUCAGUUGUUGCAUAGACUAUCUUUCCAUUAGACUUGUGUUUUUAUUUCGUCUGUACUGGUGUUGCUUUGCUUUUUGGGUUGCUGCCCCUAGGCUCCUUUUG